AAUGAUCAGAUGAGUGAUUUGCCCAAAUAGUAAAUUUGUCCCACUGAAAUCGGAGAACCUCAGUUCAAUUUUCAUCCAUUUGAAAGGACCUAUUCGGAUAACAGUCAAGUUAUAAAAUGGCGGAAAGAAAAUACGACUUGGCGCUUGUAAAGACUCUCAGUGAUAAAAAGAUUCAAAAUCAAGAAUGGUUCAAAGAAAGGUUACGCACAAGAUUUCUCAAAAGUAGAAAGCCAGGUGAUCUCUCAAAAACAUUGCAGAGUGGUCAAUGGACUUUUGUUCAAGAUGGUCUUGACGACUUCAGAGAUGGGCUUCCACCUCGAGUUGAUGGUCAGUCAGUUUACAAGGGUACAAAAACACUGGAACCAAACAUUCAUGGAGAUUCAGAGCGAAAAUUUGCAGAUAGGAGAGCUGUCAACAAGGGGCGAUUCACCAAAGAGGAGCUUGCUUUCUCCACCGUCACACCGCUCCAGCAACAGCGAAGAGAUCAUAUUGAUGAGAUGGAAUACGGGCUCCUUCAACAUCCUCUAGCUCUUUAUCCUCAUCUUGAAGAGAGUGUGCCCCCAGAUGUUUUUGAGGAUGUUGUAGAUAUUCUUGAUCCAGAGAUGAACCUAGGCAGUGAUAUUGACGAAGAAGAUGAAUACAGAGAGGAUAUGACAGACUCAUUUGGUGUAGCGCAGAAGGUUGAUGAUGAUAGAUCAUCUACAAAAUCAUCAGCUGGGUCGUCACAAGGCCAGAAGGUCCGGAACCCCUACAGAUGGUUGCCUCGCAAAGAAGAGCAGCAGAAGGAGGAUCGUAGGGCCAAGCAGAAACGACAGGACUCCCCGUCCCAAGAUGAACACAUCAAAGCAAUCACCAAAGAGUUCUGCGACUGGGUGUCAGGGUUGGGCGGGGACAGCAAUAAUGUGGAAGAGUCAACGAUUCACAGUCUCUUUGCGAGUGGUUACGAGACAAAGCCCGCCCUCUCUGUGCCAAUCCAUGUCGUUGAGCUGACAAACGUUCCUGCGGAGCUCCGGAUGUCGGCAACAGUUUCGCAAGAAGAGACCCCUUCACAGACUCUAGAACAGGUGGAGAAGAAACAGAAAGAAUUGUAUGGUUCGGGGAAUUACACUCCUAGCUGGGUCAAGAUGAAAUACGGAGCAUGGUACCUCAAACCAAGGACAUGGGAAAGAAGACCGGCAACGGAGCCCUUGGAAGAUCCCCAGUCCCUGAAGGAUAAGGAGAUGUCCGAUUCCAAGAAGAAGAGCCUUGCCAUGGAUGAGCAGCUAGCACCUCUCCAUGGUUCGCAUUCCUUUAAAGAAUUCAUCGAGAAAAAGGGAACCAGGAAACCGGAGUUCCUGGAAAGGGUGGCUGAAUUCCAGGCACAGGCCGAGGCAGAGGCGGCGGCAGCCAAGCAGCAAGAAAGGGGUACCAAAGUCCUAAGUGCAAGCAGUGGGAGUGUUAGAACCAGUCUAGCCGCCAAGUAACCCCUCUACCGCCUCCAGGACUCUUACUCAAAUUGAAGAAAUGUGCAUAAUCCCAAGCAACUCAUUCUGCACAAAUGUUGUUCCAGUCGAACCAAAAAUUAUAUGGUUUACCUUGAAGCCUUGAUAUCAUUCUUUUCUCCUCAUCAUGGAAACCUGGAGAAAUAUUUGAAUGGUUUCCAUUUUCAAGAUAGAAGAUAGAUGUAAACUGUUUUGUUUGACAAAUUUCUAUUUCAUCGUGGCUAGAGGAAGAACAUUGAU